AUGCCUUCUUUUAACCCUUUUACUUCGGUAGCUAGCCGGAAUGUUUGUACCUUAUUUGAGAUACGUCUCGAGAACGAUUUUAUCGUCUUUCGUGGAAACGAGCAUGAAGCUUCCGGUCAGCUAUUAAAAGGCGUCUUGGUCUUGUGCUUAAGAGAACCCUUGAAGGUCGAAGAUGUUCACUUGCGGCUGAUGGGUAGCUGCCGCGUGGCUUGGGUCGACGGAAAACAGACACCAUCCGGUAUUCACAAUCAGAAAAUGGAUAGGACGACUACAAUUCUAAGGCAUACUUGGCCACCUUUCGUGGGUGAGACAACGCAUCACAACACUUUAGCCCCCGGAAAUUAUGAGUGGCCAUUUGAGUAUCUACUACCGGGAGAUACCGCCGAGAGCGUUGAGGGGCUCUACCAAACUGGUAUUACCUAUGUAUUAAAAGCCACUAUCUCGAGAGGAAAGUUGGCCAAGAAUGUACAUGCCUUCAAACGAUUUCGAAUCAUUCGAACCUUGGAACCUGCCGCCCUCGAAUUCAACCACGCCAUGAGUGUAGAGAACAUAUGGCCAAACAAGAUCGAGUACUCCGUGGUCGUCCCGCAAAAAGCCGUUGUCUUCGGUACCAAUAUCCCUCUAGAGAUGCGGUUUACUCCUCUGCUAAAAGGGUUAGAAAUGGGCGUUAUUACGGUUAAACUUAUUGAAAUCCAGGAAUUCACCGUGCAAGGCUAUCAAACCCCAGCCAGAUCAUACAAGCACGACCGUGAUGUUACCUCGUGGAAUCUCGAAGUCACCCGUGAACAGCAUUGGCAUGACAAUAUCGAAGAAACUGGCCAAGAAGGAUGGGUUGUCAACAAGGAAUUACCCCUACCCAAGAGGUUAAGCAGGUGCAUCCAAGACUGCUCGGUUCACGGCAUUAAGAUUCGGCACAAGCUUAAGCUCACAGUUGCACUACAAAAUCCCGAUGGUCAUAUUUCUGAGCUACGGGCAUCAUUACCGAUAACUAUAUUUAUCUCGCCAAAUAUGCCUUUAGACGAAGAAGGAAAUCUUGUUUCCCAGGCGCCUGAAACUUCCAGCGAAGUAAUUGAGAGCGACGCUUCAGUGAUGGCCCCCCCGGGGUACGGAAUGCACGUACUGGAUCAGCUGUACGAAGACUUUGAUAUGAGCGGGAUCAUGACCCCUGGGAUCCACAGCGGCCUUAACAGUCCGUUUUACGCACAAUCCCGGGCAGGUUCGACAGAAAAUCUAGCAGCUAUGGCUCAUGCUAUAGCCGUCCCACCUGCGGUUUUGUCUUCCAGGUUACAGAACGUCUCUCUUGACGAAUCUCGGAGGAACGAGUCUUUCAUCUCGACCGGAUCUGGGUCAGGAGCGACAACCCCGUUCAACCACCCACAUGAUAGCGAGCACACCGGGGAUUCAUCGCAGGUACAUUCAACGCAGCUGUCGCGACAGACAAGCGAGGAGGAUCAUCCGAAUCAUGCAGGGGGUCACCACACCCCGCCUGAGCAUACUGAGUUUUUGGACAUGGCGGAGCUGAGCAAGGUGCCAAGUUAUGCAACAGCAACGAGAGCACCGCUGCCAAGAACGCAAAGCUACACGGGCUCUAUCAUCCUUCCGGAUUAUCAGACCGCAACGAGUGCGCCGGGUUCUCCAACGCGAAUAGUAUUGAACGACCCCAUGACGACCAUUGCGGAGGCCCCACAAGUCGAAGUUACAGUGUCAAGCACCCGAUCGAGAAGCACAUCGAGGAGUAGGCAUACCAAUCGGCAUUCGAUAGGAGGAUUCAGUUUUUUCCCCAGUCACACAGCUGUAAGCGGCGCUGAUGGCGAGCGACGACUACGACUCAUCCAAAACAGAAGUGGCUAG